AUGUCUUCGGUUAAGGUGGCCGUCCGCGUGCGGCCUUUCAAUGACAGAGAGAAGACUAUGAAUGCUCGGUUAUGCAUCGAGAUGAAUGGAAAGAGUACAACAAUCACAAAUGUGGACGACGAAAAGCAGAGCCGUACAUUUUCAUUCGACUACUCUUACUGGUCCCACGAUGGGUUCGUGAACGAUGGAAGUGGCUAUUCAAGACCUGUCUCAUCCAAAUAUGCCGACCAAGAGAAAGUGUUUAACGACAUUGGGAAAGAUGUGCUGAAUAAUGCAUUCGAGGGCUACAAUGCAUGUCUCUUUGCGUAUGGACAGACGGGAUCCGGGAAAAGUUACUCGAUGGUAGGGUAUGGCGCAAAUAAGGGAAUUGUUGUCCGUGCAUGCGAAGAGAUUUUCGAGAGAAUCAAAAGCAUCAAAGACCCUCUACUCCGUUCUGAAGUCACGGUGAGUAUGCUAGAAAUCUAUAACGAAGCCGUACAGGACCUCCUUGUUAAGCCUGAGCAGCGCCCCAAGGGAGGACUGAAAAUUCGCCAUACGCCGCAGCUGGGAACGUUUGUUCAAGACCUAACCAAACAUCCAGUCGACACGUAUGCAGCAAUUCAGGCAAAACUCGACGAAGGCACAAGCAACCGAACCGUCGGAGCGACUCUGAUGAACGCCACGUCGUCUCGAGCACACACAGUUCUCCAAAUUGUCUACAACCAAGUGACACUUGACGAAAAUACAAAGGAGCCCCUGAGCCAGAAGACAGCCGAGAUCAGUCUGGUUGAUUUAGCUGGGUCAGAGAGAGCAGGCUCGACAGGAGCGACGGGCGACCGGCUGAAGGAAGGUUGUGCGAUCAACCAAUCCCUUUCUGCUUUAGGAAACGUCAUAUCUGCACUCGCAGAUAAAGCUUGCGGAAAACUGAAACCUGGACAGGUCAUCCCCUACCGCGACUCUGCGCUGACGCGCAUUCUCCAGUCGGCUCUUGGAGGGAACAGCAAAACGUGCAUGAUUGCCGCGCUUUCGCCGGCUUCCGUAAAUUACGAAGAGACACUUUCAACUCUCCGAUAUGCAGACCGAGUCAAGUCGAUCAAGAACGAGGCUGUUGUCAACGAGAAUCCUCUCGAGAGGCUCAUUCGCGAGCUGAAGGCGGAGAAUGAGAGACUGAAGAAGGCAGCCGGAGGCGAGUUGGUCUUGGCGGACACUGGGAAGACGCAGGAGGAGAUGGACAAGAUGAAGCAACAGUACGAAGAAGAGUUGGAGGCGAACCGCCGAGCUCUGGAAGAGAUGUCGAAGAGUUGGCAGCAGAAACUCGCGGAAGCGCAGGCACGCGACGCAGCGGCGGGUAAGGAGGCGCUCGACGAGAACCAGCCGUGUUUGAAGAACUUGAACGAAGACCCCUUUUUGUCGGGGAAGAUCACGCUGAAUCUGCCAGUGGGCAGCAGCACAGUAGGCAAGUCGAGCAGCGAGAUGAAGCCAACCUUUCAAAUCGGCGGCCUAGGCGUGGUUGUGAAUCACGCGACGCUCACAUGUGCGGCAACGGGCGCCGACGGAAGCGCCUUCGAAGUCAAGCUGAGGGCGAGUGGGAAGACGCUGAUCAACGGCGAGGCUCUGGCGCCGGAGGAAGAGCGGACUUUGUCUCACAGGGACCGCAUCCUCUUUGGGCACGCGAACUUGUUUAUCUACAUCGACCCAGCGGAGGCAGACAGGUCGAUGCCGUCGUGGGAAGAAGCGAUGAAGGAGGCGAACAAGCAGAGCCUUGACGAGUACGGAGACACUGUAGGCUUGGACGCCGUGGCCAGCGCGAAGUUGCGGGAGAUGGAGGCGAAGAUGCAGGAAGAACGCGAGAAGAUGGAGAGGGAGAAACGCGAAUGGGAGCGGCGCGUGAAGGACAAAGAAGCCCAGAUGGUCACAGCCGAGGGCGCGGACGCCGUCGCACUGAUGAAGCAGUUUGAGGAGGAGCGACGCCAACACGAACUCGAGUUGGAGAAGAAGCAGAAGGAGUUAGACGAGAAACUGAGGAAACUGAGUGAAGAGCAGGAGGAAGAGAAGAAGACCCAAGAGGCGGAACAUCGCGCACGCGUCGUGCUCGAGGAGAUCUUGACUCGAACAAUCAUGCUGAUUGAAGAAGCGAAUUCAAUCGCCGAAGAGCUCGGGAUCGGCGUCUUCUUCUCCCCGAAGUUGACCAUGAAGCACGACGGCCUUGACAUCUCCCGAAAGGGAACGGCGACGAACGUCAUGCAGCAAACUGAAAUCCAAAUUCGCGUCGAGCGACUCGACACAGAUGUGGUAGAAGCAUGGAAACUCGACCUCUUCGAACAGAAAAUAUUCGACAUGCGCGAAGUGUACAACCAGUACAUGUCUUCUGCGCCCGGAGAGUUCAAACGCCCCGAAGGAGCCGACGAUCCUUUCGCAUCUGAUCCUGACUCGUACCAAGUUCUCGGCCAAGCGUAUCUGUAUCUCGAUUUUCUCUUCAAUUUGCUUCCCGUGGAAAACGAGGCGCUGCCGAUUUUCGACUUCAAGGGCCAGAAACAAGGCACCUUGACCAUCUCCAUUAAUUUGGAGCUGCUGGUGGACAUGGAAGAAGCUUCAAAGAAAGGUCCCCAGGUUACGGACUUGGACUACUACGACACAGUGGAAGACAUCAAAGGGAAGAUGUUGAAGGUGACUGUGAAAGUCGACUCCGCACAAGACCUGAGGGAGAACUGUUGCAGGCGGCCGGAAGUGAACUACAAGUGGAUUGACGGCGUCUCGGAAGUCCGGUGCUCCACCGACGACUUGUGCAACAAAAACCCCGCAUUCAAGAGUGUGAAGGAAUUCGACAUGAUGAUCACCGACGAGGUUGUUGGAUGGUUUCGGGGGGUUCUCGUGUUCGAAGUUGCCGGCAUGAUGGUCAGCAAGCAGCACAAGGAGCAGGCCACUCCCAGCUCGCCUUCUGCUAGCAGUGUGGCAGCCAAGUUGAGGGAGAAGGAGGUUCUCCUCGCGCAAAUUGAAAAACGGCUGCACGAACAGGGAACAACGCUAGACGCCUUCUUAAGCGGAAGGUAA